AUGGCCCGUCUCCCUGAACUCACGCCGCCGGAAAGCUCGGGAUCGAGGGUUCCAUCUGUGCACCAUCAUGAUGUCGUUACUGAACGCCCGGGUGAUCUUGACAGUCUACGUCUCAUCGGCACCACCAGAUUUGAGCCAAUGAACGAUGUCAAAACCAUUUUGAUCACCGGCGGAGCAGGUUUCAUCGGCAGUUGGGUCACCCGGCACCUGACAGUCCGAUACCCUGAAUACAAAAUCAUUUGUAUUGACAAGCUCGACAAAGUCUCCUCUCUUGCCAACAUCAGCUGCCUGGAAGCCUUCCCCAACUUCCACUUUGUGCAGGGCAACCUGCUGGACCAGGCCACCGUGUCAAGUUUGCUCGCCGAGCAUGACAUCGACUGCGUGAUGCACUUUGCGGCCUGCUCGCACGUGCAGAACUCGUUCGAGGACCCUUCGAUCUUCACGCUCAACAACGUAGUGGCCACGCAGUGGCUGCUCGACGCUGUGCGGCACCACGGCGGCCCCGGUCGGCUGCGGCGCUUCAUCCACGUCAGCACAGACGAGGUAUACGGCGACGUGGUGGACGAGUUCGUUGACGAGACCAAGCAGUUCAUGCCCACCAAUCCGUACUCGGCGUCCAAGGCCGCCGCCGAGAUGUACGUCUGGGCCUACGCCAAGUCGUUCGGCAUCCCGGCCCUGGUGGUGCGGAGCAACAACGUGUACGGGCCAUGCCAGUAUCCUGAAAAAAUCAUCCCCCGCUUCUACACGCUCCUGUCCGAGCAGCAACCGCUCACGAUCCAGGGCUCCGGCCUCAACGUGCGGCGCUACCUGUACGCGGCGGACGCGGCGGACGCGGCGGACGGCUUCGACACGCUGCUGCACAAAGGGGUCGUGGGUGAGGCGUACAACCUCAAUUCGGCCUCCCCCGUGACCAACCUUGAGGUUGCGAUUACCGACCGUCCCUUUAAUGACCACGAUUAUCGGGUUGACGGCUCCAAGCUGGAGACCCUCGGGUGGCGCCAGCGUGUGCCAUUCGCCGUGGGAUUAAGAGCCACGGUUGACUGGUAUCGCAAGAACAUACAUGCUUGGUGGCCGGACGUGACGAAGACGAUUAAUGUUAAAUCGACAGCGACGAUCCGUGGCGACAUGCGCAGCCGCGUGGGCGACAAUGAAGUCAAAAGUGUGGACGAUGAAGUAACGAUUGGAGAGAUAUCCGACGCCAGCAGUCCUGGAGUGUUGGGCUGA